UUAGCGCUAAUACAUAAGAAAAUACUAAUAUUAAAUGGGCUUACGCUAAGAAAGAAUCCUUAGGUAAGGAUUUUUUGUCUUUGAUCCUAAAUGACCUGGCAUCAUCUGAUUGGUUGGGUGAAACGUUGCGUUUCGUAGGGGGACGGGAAUGAAUCAUUUACGCGGGUCGUAAAGAAAAAAAAACCUCUCCUUCUCUAAAGGCGACGACAAAACCGACAUCGGCGAUCUGCUUGGUUUCAGGUAAAUCCGGCCAAAUCCGACCGCUAAUACUCACUAUUCUUUCUUAUGGAGUACAUGCAUGUAGAUUUCUCUUGUUUUUAUCGAUUCGAUUCAUGGGUUUGAAUAGAUUUCGGGUUUCAUUAGCGAUUGGGGAUAAAAUUAGAAUUAGGGUUCCUGUCGGGGUUUGCCAAUCGACUCUUUUCGAUGUAGUUCUUGGUUAUUUCGGAGGAUUUAAGGGUCCGUGAUUAAGCAGUCAUUCGAUGUUGGGUUUUAUAAAUCGAUUUAGGGUUUUAUAAUUUGGGGCUUUUGGUGAUUCGGUUCUUUUUUUUUUUUCUUGUCAGCUCUAAAUGGAGGACGAACUGCGAGACAUGAAAGCACACAAAGCGUACUACAACAUGCUUCAUUUCGUUUCAGAAGCCCAACAGGGAAUUCCGAAGCUGUGCCCCUGUGGAUCUAUCACAAAGGAGUUCGUCGACGAAGAUGAUACGUAUGAUUACCUCCCGGGGAAAAGAUACUUCAUCUGCACAGACUACCAGGUUCGAAAUGUACUGUCUGUUUAUACUCCAAAUUGUUUUGCUGUUUGCUUACGAAUUUAAUGUUUUGGCAGAACGACGGGCUGCAUUUUAGGCAGCCAUGGGUAAUGGGUGUGCAACAAGAGAUUGAGAGGCUCAAACUAAAGUUUCUCGAGCAGGAGAAGCUCCUGCGCGAGUGCGAGGCGCUUAAGGUUCAGGUUAAGAUGCUUCUUGAGCGUGUGUGUGAGCUCGAGAGAGUCCGCUGAGGUUAGUGCUUUGAACCCUUUUAAUCAACAGUUAAAAAAAUUAGUUGGUACAUGUGUGUGUAACUAGGAUCGUCUGGUGUGUUUCCUUGUAGUUUGAAACCAAACUAGGAUAGUGGUGUGUGUUGUAGUUUGAAACCAAACUAGGAUAGUGUUGUGUGUCUCCUUGUAGUACCAAACCAAACUAGGAUAACGUUGUAGUUUGGAAAUAAGGUUAACUUUGUAGUUUAAAUUCCCACCAAACGAUCAUUAAAUUGUGCCUUAACUGCUUCUUUUUAGACUUAAAGGUCGUGAGCUGUUUUGAUAGGACACAUUCCCACUACGCUUCAAUGCUCUUAGUGGAGAAUCCCUUAUUUAAUCCUCUGUGUUUCUACUAGAGAAACACAGACUUAUUUGUAAAUGGCAAACUACAAUGGUUAUGUUAACCUAUUAGCGAGCCAAGGGUCAAUUGACCUUGGCUCAUCACAACCCUUUCCUAUUCCCGGUCAAAGUAAUGAUGAGCCUGGUGUCAAAGAGAGGAGAAAGUGGACAACGAAGGAGGAUGUAAUCCUCAUAGGUGCGUGGCUCAACACCAGCAAAGACCCAAUAGUGAGUAAUGAACAAAAAGCCGGAGCCUUCUGGAGGAGAAUUGUAGAGUAUUACAACGCUAGUCCUCUUCUCGUUGGGACUAUCCCUCGAGAACUUGGGCAAUGCAAGCAAAGGUGGGCUAGGAUCAAUGAUGUGGUCGGUUCUCCAGGUACCUUAAACGAUAUUAACGUCCUUGAUCGAUCACCUGUAUUUGAUGACAUUUAUGAAGGUCGAGCUCCAAGGGUAACGUACAUGGUCAACGGACACCAAUAUGAUUUGGCGUACUACCUCACGGACGGUAUAUAUCCAAAAUGGUCAACAUUUAUCCAAUCUAUCACACUCCCUCAAGGUCCUAAAGCAGAGUUAUUUGCUAAAGUUCAAGAAGCUACCCGAAAAGAUGUGGAGCGUGCUUUUGGUGUAUUGCAAGCUCGAUUUGCGAUAGUGAAAAACCCGGCGCUGUCGUUGGACAAGGGAAAAAUAGGGAAUAUUAUGCGAGCAUGUAUCAUACUGCAUAAUAUGAUUGUCGAAAAUGAACGGGGUGGAUACACUCUGUACGAUACAUCUGAAUUUGAAGAAGGAGAAUCGAGCAGAAGUUCACAUGUUGAGCAUAUUAACAACAUGCCUACCCAUUUCGGUAAUAUGCUUGGUCUACGGAAUCAUGUUCGAGAUAGGCGUACACACCAAGCAUUGAAAAAUGAUUUAAUCGAAAAUAUUUGGAACAAGUUUGGUGAUAAUGAAGAUGUAUAAUUAUUGUAUGUUUGCUUUUAAACAUUGAAUAAAAAAAAAUUUAAAAUUAAAACUUUUUAAAAAUUUAAUAAUUUAAAAUUCUUAAGGACCUCAUAUUGAGUAACACCAUUGGACAUACAUUUUAGACUCAAAUCCUUAACUAUUCAAAAAGCAAAAAAAACUACUAUUAUAAUCCUAAGGACUCCAAUGGUGGGUAACACCAUUGGAGUUGCUCUUAUUGUCUUCUUCUUCCUCAAGACCAAUUCUUUUGGUCUGCACCUUUAGUAGCGUGGUCUGCACCUUUAGUAGCGUGAGAGCUCAAGAGGAGAAAAAAAAGAUCGCUUUUUGAAUCAAAUGAGAGGAGGAAGGAACACAUCAGGAGAGACCCAAUUCGUUAUCGACUCAGAGAUCAAUCAUCGAUUCGCCUCCGUCUUCAUCUAGGGAGGGUUUCCUGUGAGCUCCCCUGUUUCUUAUACUCUGUUUUGGUAUUGUGAGGUGCUGACGACCCCUCUAGAUUAUUGAUCGGUCGAUACAAUUUUGUGAAAAGUAUUGGUCCACACACCUUCGCACCAUAGACUGAUAGACACAUAAAUGUUGUGCUUAGUGGCAAUCUAUGUCCCGAACAAAAUCACCCCUAGAAGACACAGUACACUGAACUGAAUCAAUGAUCAAUGUAUCGUAUCCCUCUAUGCAAAAUGUUUGUGAGACAAAAAAACAACAACAGCAAACCAUGUGGAAAUUGAGGUAUAUGUCGAUGGAAGCGGAGAAUCAACGAAGGAGAUCAAAUGUGCACAUGCUCCUGAGUUAUUGAUCUUGCACAUGAUGUGAUUCUGUUCUUGCGACUUAUAGAUGUUUUCUUUGAAUACUAUACGUACAGUUAAUUAUGAUUCAACGUCAAAUUAUCAACUAUACCAAAAAUAUUACUCUCAUGCUAAAUCUUACUUCUUUUUCAUGACCAUAACAAGAAAAGAUCUCAUUCUAAUUCCUAUGUUUUUUUUUUUUUUUUUUGAACACAAACUUUUUUCAUUAAAUCAACUCGAAGAACUACAAUAACAAGAGGGAAUUAGACAUCCUCUUGGAAAAUAAACAUAAGCUACAACAGCAAUUAAGAUUAAACAUGAUAAUUCUUCAUCAGAAGAUGACAGCGAAUUCAAGACAAAGCUUGAAUGCGUCGAGGAAGCAUGUAAGACAAGGUCCGACAGCUGAGAUUUAGUCACCUUAUGUUGUGACGUUGAAAGCCAACCCUCACC